AUGCCUCGCUACCUCUUGGCUGCCGCCGGCCUGGCCUCCGUGGCCAUGGCCAUCCCCGUCACCACCUUCAAGACCGUCACGACGACCAUCGAGGUCACUGAGACUGCCACGCCAAUGGCUACCGUCGUGGAGCGCCCUGAGAUUGCCUCGGCGUUGGUGUCCAAGACCCACAUCGUCGACAACGUCUCCAAGUUCAGGAAGUACCAGGUUCCGAGGAACAACAUGGUCUCUGCGAUCAUGGAGCCCGUCAAGACUGCUGCGCCGACGGACGUCGACGAGACCAACGACGAGGAUGACGAGACCGACGACGAGGAUGACGGGAGCGUCGUCGAUCUCCUGCACAACAAGACUAUGAUGCUGGACUUGGCAAACCGCAUGCCGAAUUCCACUCAAAAGGAGUUGUUCUUGGACAGCCUGAUGAAUUCCACUGUCUUCACCAACGAGACUGCCUCGCCCGAGGAUGCUGAGACCGUCGACGAGGGCGAUGAGACCGACGAGGAGGACGAUAAGGCUGAUGAGGAGAACGAUGAGGCUGACGAGGAGGAUGACCAGAGCUUCAUCGAUCUCAUGCACAACAAGACAAUGUGGCUGAACAUGGUGAACAACAUGACGAAUUCCACUCAAAAGGAUUUGUUCUUGAACAGCCUGAUGAAUUCCACUGUCUUCAACAACGAGACUACCUCGCCAUCGCCAUCGCUAUCCGACGAAAUUGUGUUCGUUCUCGCCAACAAGUUCGUGGCCAACGAGGCCCAGUCCCACGGCAUCACUGUCAACGAGUCCGACUGGAGAGUGAAGCGCCAACUCGUGUACGACUCUCACAACCUGACGGAUGCCCAGGCCAAACCAACCUUCGACAAGCUGACCGUGAUGCUCGAGGACUACACCAAGCUCCGCGAGACUGAAGUAGCCAUGUACGAGGCGUACGCCAAGCUGGCUGACACGGCUGAGCUCGAAGAGGGCCACGGCUUCGGGAACCAGAAUCCAGACCCUCUCCUGAGCACCGCUGAGGGCCGCCAGCUCAGGAUCAAGCUUGCCGACCAGCGGGUGGAGAUGUCCAAGUUGAUCGCGAAGCUGCAGCGUGGUGCGGGUGUCGAGGAGGCGGAGAUUCAGAAGAUGAUGGAGGACGUGAUGGAGUCGAAUGAGUUCUACUUGGGCAAGAAUGAGGAGCAGGUCAAGCACGAUCUUGAGGAGCUCGAGAAGCAGCAGACUCAGGAGCAGAUCGAGGCUCUCCCAGAAGGUGACUGGGAGUGA